GCUGCCCGCAUAACUCGGGACCCCGCGCGCCCUGGGAGCCCGGUACCGCCCCGGGACCCCGCGCGCCCCUGGACCGCGACGCAGCUCCGGGACGUCGGCGCGCCCCAGGACCCGCGCGCUCUCAGAACCCCGGGCUGCGCCAACGGGGCUGCGCGCCUGGGGAGGGGCCCGCCCCAGAGGGUCCCCCUCUUCCAGCAGACGGAGCCCCGCCCCAGAGGGACCCCCGGGUCCGGCAGGGACACCCCGCCCCGCCCCAGAGGGCUCCCAGCAUCCCGCCGCUGGAGCCCCGCGCCCCAGAGGAACCUCCGUGCCCAGCUGGGGGCUCUCCGCCCCGCUGAGAGGGCGCCGCCCGGGAGGGUCCCCGCGCCCCGCGGGCCCCGGCAGGAUGCACGCCGCCCUGGCGGGGCCGCUGCUCGCCGCCCUCCUCGCCACCGCCCGCGCCCGCCCGCAGCCCCCGGACGGAGGACAGUGCCGGCCGCCCGGAUCGCAGAGGGAGCUGAACUCUUUCCUGUGGACUAUUCGGCGUGACCCCCCCGCUUACCUGUUCGGCACCAUCCACGUCCCCUACACCCGCGUCUGGGACUUCAUCCCGGACAACUCGAAGGCAGCCUUCCAGGCCAGCGCUCGUGUCUACUUCGAACUGGACCUGACGGACCCCUACACCAUCUCAGCCCUGGCCAGCUGCCAGCUGCUGCCACACGGGGAGAACCUGCAGGACGUGCUGCCUCGGGAGCUCUACUGGCGUCUGAAGCGCCACCUGGACUACGUGAAGCUGAUGAUGCCCUCGUGGAUGACACCAGCACAGCGGGGCAAGGGGCUGUACGCGGACUACCUGUUUAACGCCAUCGCGGGCAACUGGGAGCGCAAGAGGCCCGUGUGGGUGAUGCUCAUGGUGAACUCGCUCACGGAGACUGACGUGCGCUCCCGAGGUGUGCCCGUCCUGGACCUCUACCUGGCCCAGCAGGCCGAGAAGAUGAGGAAGAGCACCGGGGCCGUGGAGCGGGUAGAGGAGCAGUGCCACCCGCUUAAUGGGCUCAACUUCUCCCAGGUGCUGUUUGCCCUGAACCAGACCCUGCUGCAGCACGAGAGCGUGCGAGCAGGGAGCCUGCAGGCACCCUACACCACGGAGGACCUCAUCAAGCACUACAACUGUGGGGAUCUCAAUGCUGUCAUCUUCAACCACGACACAUCCCAGUUGCCCAGCUUUAUCAACACUACCCUCCCACCGCACGAGCAGGUGACCGCACAGGAGAUUGACAGCUAUUUCCGCCACGAGCUCAUCUACAAGAGGAAUGAGCGGAUGGGGAAGAGGGUCAUGGCACUUCUGCGGGAGAACGAAGACAAGAUCUGCUUCUUUGCCUUCGGAGCAGGUCAUUUUCUGGGAAACAACACAGUCAUUGACGUCCUCCGGCAGGCGGGGCUGGAGGUGGAGCACACGCCCGCAGGGCAGACCAUCCACAGCCCUGCCGCCCGGAGCCCCGCACCUCCACCCGAGGGGACCUCGGCAAGCCCGGCCCCGGUGACCCCAGCCGCCGCCCUCCCCGCAGUACCCUCGGCGACCCCCACCGUCCCGCCUGAGGAGGAGGACCCAGCCCUGUCCCCACACCUCCUGCUCCCCGACAGCCUCAGCCAGCUGGAGGAAUUUGGGCGGCAGAAGAAGUGGCACAAGAGGCAGAACAAACACCAGCGGCCGCGACAGUUCAAUGACCUCUGGGUCCGCAUCGAGGACAGCACGGCCGCCUCGCCACCCCCGCUGCCCCUGCAGCCCACGCACAGCUCUGGGACCGCAGGGCCACCCUUGCAGCUCUCAGAGCGGCUUCAGCAGCAGGAAGAGCAGGGGCCCACCGGCAGCUCAGCGCCCCACUGCCUACAGUCUGCCCUGGGCCUCCUCCUUGCCAUCCUGGCCAGCAUCACAGCCUCCCUCCUUCUGCACACCCUUGGGCCCUCCUGACCUUGGUCACCAGUGCAGAGAAGCCAGAGAAACCACAGGAGGGUCUGCGGCCACACCCCACUGCCCGUGCCACCACCUCCAGGGUGCCCGACACUGUGGGCAGUCCAGACGGGAUCCGUUAGAACAUUAGAGCUUUAUCGUACCCGAGUUACAUCUUCUUUUUUGUAGAAGGAUCUUAAUUUCCCAUAGUGCUAUGGGGCUCUUUUGUAAAAUAUGUGUCCAUAUUAAAAAAGAAAAAUGUAUUUAUUCUACCGAUAAAACUAUUUUUAUGUGGCCUAUGUUAACCCUUUAAUUAGCCCCAACACCAACCCAGGAAGGGAACCCAGGCUGUCAGGACACCUGCAACCUCAUGCAGACCGUGGCUUUUAACCGGCUUGCUCCUAGAUCGGCAGAAGCCUCCAGUGCCUCGGCUUGGCUUCUCCCGCCACGGGGUCCUCAGAGAGAGGGGCAGGCAGACAGGCUUAGCUUUUGUGAAGCUGGAUUGGGGAGCCAGAGAUGUGAACGCCGACGAUCCUUCCCUCCCGUGGAUGCAUCCUAGGGUGGGAAGAUACUUUAGGAAAAGAAUGCUGCUAUUUUGAAAACCCUGAGUGUCUGUGAACUGGCCCUCCAGAGUUCUUGGUAAGUGUUUUGACCAAAGCACAGGAGGAGGGGAGGGAUGUUGGCGCUGAGGGAGGUCAUCCCCCAGCCCUAUGUGUCAAAUAGUUACAUUGAGAUCCAAAGAGAGGAAGGUGGUUGCCCAAGGUCAUGCAGCAAGUGGGAGGUCCAGGAUGUGAAUCCAGACCUCUCUGUUCUGGCAUCAUUCAUCUUCGGUAAGCUUGGCUUACAGAAGAACCUGUUGGAGUCAUAGCCAAACAGAGUGAGCUGGGCCAAAGGACAGGAGUGGGCAUAGUAGGGACAGGGGCUCUAGGAGUCACAUGGUAAUAAUAACCCUAAUGAAGGCCACCAUUUAUCCAAAGACUGCAUCGUAGCAGGCACUUUGCACACUCACUUUAUCACUGAUCCUCAUGCCAGUUCUGUGAAAUGUGAUUGUCCCCAUUUCACAGAUGAGGAAACUGAGCCCCUCAAAUAGAUCAACAGACUUGCUCAAGGUCACUUAGCUGGGACAUGGCCCCAGAUCAGUGUGAUUCAGAAACAAUGCUUGUCCCUGGGCCAUAUUUUGCCCUGUUCUCUCUGCACAGAGAAGCUUCAGGGAAGGCAGAUCUCACCCAAAUGGGCCAGCACAAGCUUCUUGCUCCAGCCAAAGAGACCACUUGGCCACAGUCACUCAUGUUGGCCCCUCUGAACAAAGGACUCUAGCAACAGCCUGUGCCACAGGUCUCAUGCCCCAACUUGUCUUAUCUCGGAGACAAUGAGAGGCUUUCCUAUCAAAUGAGAGGCUGUGGGGUGGGGA